AUGUCUUUUGGCACGACGCAAUUUCCCGUGCUAUGCCUCCUAUUGUUGCCCCUGUUGGGCGUGCUGACAUCGAAGAACAUCGUGCCAAAAGGUCCCCGACCUAUCACCUCAAUAGUCAGGGCGUCGGGCAUCAUACAGAAACCUCCAAGUGAAUGUACUGACUACAUGGAACCUCUCCUGCGAUGGUACACUACCGUAUCGGGCAGCAAAGACAAGGCCUGGAUCUUGCAUCUCAACAGUAUCGCGGCAUGUCAGGAAUGUUACAGCGACAAGGACGGCCUCCCCAACGACCUAGAGGCGUGCAUGGAAUGUCAUAAGCCCUUCGCAGUCAAAAUGAAUCACUCGUCACACUGUCGUGAAUGUUUCAAAGUAUUGAAACCACACCCCAAGGCCUGCAACGUCUGCUUUCUGGAUGUGAAACGUAAGGUGCGUAGAGCGAUCGCUCAUGCGGAUGCCACAGUGAAGAGCGCGAUGGCGAAUAUGCAUCUCCACGCCAAGGGGCCUCUUCUGAUUCCGCACAAAAAGAAUGGCCAAUGCCAGCUCUAUGCUCGUCUAUCAUUAGCUUCUUUAAUGAUAUAUUUUCUUUUUAUAAAAUAA